AUGACACGCGACAACGCCACACCGAGCUGCUCGCAGGAAACAUUCGCGUUUCGAAGAAGGACAAUGGCCACUGGUGAUAUCAAAGAGCUUCUUAGCUCAGGCUCCGAUCCCAUGGAGCAUGACGGGCUGGCGGUGAAGCAUGAGGAAGUGAUUGUGCCGAUGCCGACGCGUCGAAUGUCGAUCGGAAAUGAGAGCUGCGCGAGAUCAUUAGCAGAGCCGCGGGAGAUCAAUGAUUGGGAACUCGAGCGGCUCGACAUUGAGGGAUUCGUCGUUGAUUACUUCACAUUCCGAAUUAGGAAAGAAGGCUUAGAAUGGUACGAUGCUCCUGAAUUACCAUACGGCACCCAACCGGAACAUGAGGUGAUGCGAUGUGUGGCAUCAGUAUUCGAAGAGAAGAACUCGCAAGAAUUGGAGAAGUUCGCCGAACAGCUCAUGGCGAGUCCAAAGGUCACAUUUUCAGUUUACCAGGAGAUAGUGCAAAGUGUUGGAUUUUCCGCAUCAGAAGCUUGUCCAAUGAGCUACGGUAGACUAGUGGGACUUUUAUCGUUUGGCGGCCUUGUCGCUUCAAAAAUGAUCAGCCAUCCAACUCUAAGGGAACAAGUGCGGAAUAUGGCCGUCUACACAUCGCUGUUCAUCAAAUCGCGCAUUAGAUCGUCGUGGAAGGAGCACAAAAAGACCUGGGCUGGAUUCAUGGAGCUCGGCGUGGCGGUUCGAGAUAAGAAGCAGAAUGUGGCGAAUGCGGAAACGAUGAGAAAAUCGAGGCGACGAUGGUCGGUGUACGGAAUGACAGCGGCGGCGGUCGCCGUGUUUAGCAUCGUCGUUGGCGGCCGGAUGAUAUUGAGCGGAGCGAGUAUCAAAUAA